CACAACAUGUCAUAUCGAAGUUAUUCUGGUGGUUAUUCUAAUGGUGGGGGCUAUUCCAAUGGCGGUGGUUAUCGUGGUGGAGGCUCUGGUGGUGGAGGUGGUGGCGGUGGUGGAUACCGAGGUAAUAAUCCUGUGCUUGCUAAGCCUCCAGCCAACAUGCUUGUUUUAAAUGACUUCUACACUGGUGUUGCUGUUCGUAACAAUUAUCAUCUUGAUGAGGUUAAUUUGUUUAGAUCAAAGGAAGGUAUUACCACUAGAGGUAAUGAUGUACCGGUUCCCAUUAUGAAUUUUGGUGAUUAUCCAUGGCCCAAGUUUAUCUCUGUUGGUUUUGAGAGACAAGGUUAUGAUAAACCUACACCUAUUCAAGCACAAGGUUGGCCCAUUGCUUUAAGUGGACGGGACAUGGUUGGUAUCGCCCAAACUGGUAGUGGAAAAACUCUUUCAUAUAUUAUCCCUGCUUUUAUUCAUAUUGAGUCACAAUUUAAUGAACGAAGAGAUUUCGGACCAAUGGCUUUGGUUCUUGCCCCGACAAGAGAGCUUGCACAGCAAAUCCAAGAAGUAGUAAACAAUUUCCAAACCCGAUUCUCCAGUAUCUGCGUAUUUGGCGGAGCAUCAAAAGGCCCACAAAUCAAAGAGAUUCAUCGUAAUAGGCCCAUGCUGGUCAUCGCCACUCCAGGUCGAUUGAACGAUUUUAUUGAAAGCGGUAUACUUAGUUUAGCAAAUAUAAGUUUUCUUGUUUUAGAUGAAGCCGAUCGUAUGUUAGACAUGGGUUUUGAGCCCCAAAUUAGAAAAGCUAUUUCACAAAUUACUUUGGCUAAAAGGCAGACCCUCAUGUGGUCAGCUACUUGGCCAAAAGAAGUUCGUACCUUAGCUGAAGAUUUUCUUCAAAAUUAUAUUCAAAUUAAUGUUGGUGCUCUUCAACUUCAUGCUAAUCAUAAUAUAACACAAAUUGUUGAUAUAUGUGGUGAAAUGGAGAAAAAAGAGAAACUGUUCAGUCUUCUCACUGAGAUAAUGCGUGAAAACCGUGAAAAUAAAAUCAUAGUUUUUGCCGAGACCAAGAGAAAGGUUGAUGACCUUACUAAGCAAUUACGAUACUCUAAUUGGCCUGCCAUGUGUAUACAUGGUGAUAAAAGCCAAUCUGAAAGGGAUUGGGUUUUGAAAGAGUUUAAAACUGGACAUUCUCCCAUCUUAGUAGCAACUGAUGUUGCUGCCCGAGGACUUGAUGUUGAAGACAUUAAAUAUGUUAUCAAUUAUGACUAUCCAAAUACUAGUGAAGACUAUGUUCAUCGGAUAGGUAGAACUGGACGAAAAAAUAAAAAGGGCACUGCGUAUACCUUUUUUACCAAAAGUGAUUCUAAACAAGCUAACGAUUUAAUCAAUGUUCUCAGAGAGGCAAAUCAAACAGUUAAUCCUCAACUGUUUGAAUUUGCCCGAACUGGAGGAGGAGGACUAGACAAAUAUCGUCAAAGGUACAAAACCAAAACUGGCUUCAUUCCAAAGAAUAGUUUCAGAGGUGGAUUCGGAGGAAGGUCAAACGAUGGGAACAAUUAUCCACAAAAGAGAAAAUUUGAUUCCUUUGAUUCUGCGUCUAAUGCCAAGAAGGCUCAUUUUGAUUAUUAAUCUCUCUCUUUCUCUCUCUCUCUUUAUCUCUCUUUUUUUCUUUUUUCUCUUUCUCAUACAAGUAACUUCGAGAAAAAAUUUUCGACAUCUAAUUAAUCAACCAGUUGAUCAGUUUAUAAUUCGUUCAACUAAUUUAUCUUAAUCAAAAUAAAACAAAAACAUCUCAACAUUAUGAAUAAAAAACCUUAAAAAAUA